CAACGCACCUCAACAGCUAGCUAGCAACUGCCAUCCAUCACCCUUGCUCUCCUUGUUUAGCUAUAGAGACAAACAAUUAAUUAAUUAGCAAAAAUGGAUAGAGUAGUGAGAGAGUUGGCGUCGAAGAAGGCGGCUGUGAUCUUCACCAAGAGCUCCUGCUGCAUGUGCCACAGCAUCAAGCAGCUCUUCUACGAGCUCGGCGCCAGCCCCGCGAUCCACGAGCUGGAUCGCGAGGCCCAUGGAAGAGAGCUGGAGUGGGCCCUCAGAAGUCUGGGCUGCCCCGCCGUGCCCGCCGUGUUCAUCGGAGGGAGAUUCGUCGGCUCCGCCAAAGAGAUCUUGUCCCUUCACCUCGAUGGCUCCCUCAAGCAGAUGCUUAUACAUGCAAAUGCCAUCUGGUUCUAGCCCACCUACUCCAUCUAUUCUUCAUCAUCACCUAAUCCUCUGCAAUAAUAUAUACCUGAUAAUUAC